AUGAACUGCGAGUUAGGGAAUACAGUGAACAAGGACGAAAACCCACGUCCCGGAACCUCAAUGGAAUCACUUUCUCGCUUAAAACCUGCUUUUAGUGACUCCGCCGAGAACGGCACAGUCACUGCAGGCAACGCCAGUGGAGUAAAUGAUGGUGCGGCGUUCCUGGUUCUCUGUCGUGGGGACCAACUCAAGAAGUGUGACAGCCUCGACACGAUGUGUCGCUUCGUUCGGAUCGUCGGAUGGCAUCAAGUCGGCCUUGAGCCACAGCUUAUGGGCCUUGGACCGGUGAGUGCUAUUCUUGGACUCAUUGCCAAGUUAGGAUGGACUUUGGACUCUGUGGAUGCUUUCGAGAUCAAUGAGGCAUUCGCUGCUCAGUCGCUUGCCGUCAUUCGUGAGUUGGGCAUCCCUGCUAGUAAGGUCAACCGAUGGGGCGGCGGUGUUGCUCUGGGUCACCCAUUGGGAUGCACUGGCGCUCGAAUCUUGGUCACACUUAUAAGCAUCAUCAGUCAUUUGGGAAAUCCACCUCCAGAAAAAGAACCACUUCGCGGGAUUGCGGCCCUCUGUAUUGGUGGGGGAAUGGGAAUAGCCCUGGCAAUAGAAUCCUUCAAAUGAAUGCAUGUUCGUACACGAGGUCACACUGGGAUAAUGUAUGUUUUUGUAUCACCAUUUUUUUCUCAAAUAAACAUAAUAUGCAAC